UCAGACAGAAAGCCAGCAGCCGCAGACCAGAACAAGUUUCCAAACCAGGAGAAGUUCCCUGUGACGCCUGCACUGGAACCAAACUGAAGGCCCUGAAGUCCUGCCUGGUGUGUCUGGUUUCUUACUGUGAGACUCACCUGGAGCCUCACCUGACAAUGACAGGUCUGAAGAGACAUCAGCUGAUCGACCCUGUGGAGAACCUGGAAGGCAGGAUGUGUGAGAAGCACGACAAACUGCUGGAGCUGUUCUGUAAGAACGACCAGAUGUGUGUCUGCGCGCUGUGCAGCGUUACAGACCACAAGACUCAUGAUGUUGUUCCUCUGAGAGAAGAAUAUGAAGGAAAGAAGGCCGAGCUGGGGAAGACAGAGGCUGAAAUUCAGAAGAUGAUCCAGAAGAGACGACUGAAGCUUGAAGAGUUCAAACAGUCAGUGGAGCUCAGCAAGAAGAAUGCAGACAGAGAGAUGGCAGAAGGUGUUCAGGUCUUCAGCGCUCUGAUGGAGACUGUUGAGAGACGCCUAAAUAAUCUGACGGACACGAUCAAAGAGAAGCAGAGAGAGAUGGAGGAACAGGCUGAAGGCUUCAUCAAAGAGCUGCAACAGGAAAUCUCUGAGCUGGAGAAGAGAAGCUCUGAAGUGAAGAAGCUCUCACGCUCUGAAGACCACCUCCACCUCCUCCAAAACAUCACGGCCCUGAACGCUGCUCCACCCACCAAGAACUGGACUGGAGUCAGAGUCCAUCCACCUUCAUAUGAGGGGACUGUGGUGAGAGCUGUGAAGCAGCUGGAGGAGACGCUCAGUGAACAGAUGAAGAAGCUGUUUGAGGCCGAGCUGAAGAGAGUCCAGCAGUAUGAGGUGGAUCUGACUCUUGAUCCUGAUACAGCACAUCCUGAUCUCAUCCUGUCUGAUGAUGGAAAACAAGUUCAUCACAGUGAUGUGAGGAAGAAUCUCCAAAACAAUUCAGAGAGAUUUAGUUUAUAUGCUAUAGCAUUUAAGAGAAACUCUGCUUUGAUAAGACCAUAUAUGGUCUACAAUCCAGAGAGAUUUGAUCGUUGUGUUAUUGUCUUAUCAAAGCAGAGUUUCUCUUCAGGCAGAUUUUACUUCGAGGUUCAGGUUAAAGGGAAGACUGAGUGGGCUUUAGGAGUGGCCAGAGAGUCGAUCAACUGGAAGGGACUAAUCACACUGAGUCCUCAGAAUGGUUUCUGGACAAUAUGUUUGAGGAAUAAAAAUGAGUACACAGCUCUUGAUGACCCUAGAGUCCGUCUCUCUCUGCAGUCUGAUCCUGAGAAGGUGGGGGUGUUUGUGGACUAUGAGGAGGGUCUGGUCUCCUUUUAUGACGUUGAUGCUGCAGCUCUGAUCUACUCCUUCACUGGCUGCUCCUUCACUGAGAAACUCUACCCAUACUUUGGUCCCUGUAACAAUGAUGGAGGUAUAAACUCUGCUCCUCUGAUCAUCUCUCCUGUCAACCAAACUGAGGAGAGCAACCACUGAGUUUCAGAGAAAGGUUGAUGUCAAAGAGAACACCUGAAGAGGUGUCCAUCAUCACAAAUGUCUUUAAGGCCUUUAAGGUGUCCUUUAGUUCCUGAAUAUGACCCUUGAUGUGUUUCAUCCUGCUGACAGCAUGCUCACUCCUUGAAGACAAACAUUUCUUUCAUGAGAUUAAAAUUAUAAUCUGAGUUUUAUAACUGUUAGAGUCAAAUUGUGAGCGUCUGCAGAGAGUUGGUGUUAACAGCAGCGUGCUGUUUACUGUAGAGGAGGUGACAUGCACAAGAUUUCAGGUGACCAUGACCACAGUUACACCUCUUCUUGACAUAUAAAGGAUUGUUUUUGUAAAUAGAAUCUGUAAAUAUGACUUUGAAGUCACUUUUAAUCAGGGAUUAUCAAUAAGAAUCAGAAUAAAUCAGAGAUUUGAAAAGUCUCUUUAAUUGUUCUUUUUGAUUUUUAGCACAAUU